CUGCGCACAAAGAUAAAGCGAUUGACUCGGCGAUCGAUUGUACAAGAUACAGAAGGGCGGAAAAUUACGAAAAGGAAGGAAUUAGGAAACGUGAGAGGAGAAACUUACUCAAGAUGGCCGCUAACGUUACCACCAACCCGUCUCAGCUACUGCCUCUUGAGCUGGUGGAUAAAUGCAUAGGAUCCCGUAUUCACAUUGUUAUGAAAAGUGACAAGGAAAUUGUCGGCACGCUUCUUGGAUUUGAUGACUUUGUCAAUAUGGUACUAGAAGAUGUUACAGAAUUUGAGAUUACACCAGAAGGAAGACGGAUUACAAAACUAGAUCAAAUCUUAUUAAAUGGAAACAAUAUAACAAUGUUGGUGCCGGGAGGUGAAGGCCCAGAGGUUUGAAUGGGCGUGGAAAAUAUCUGCAUCAUGUUUGUUCGUUUUUUUUUAAUGUGUUUUUUUUUUUUUU